AUGGUAAAAGAUUUAAAGCUUUAUCGAUAUUUGGAAAUUGGUCCGGACGCGGAUGAAAAUGCUAUUCGUAAAGCAUAUCGGAAAUUAGCAUUAAAAUAUCAUCCGGACAAAAAUCCAUCGGGUACAGAGCGAUUUAAAGGUUUUGGGAAGAAUGGGUUACGUUUGGCUCUUGCAUAUGAGGUUUUAAGUGAUCCAAAACGUCGACAAUUAUAUGAUCAAUAUGGGUUGACAGAAGGUCAACCUCAAGCAGGACCAGGUUUUUCGGCGGGACCGGGAGGAUUUCAAGGGUUUUCCGGUCGAACAAGUAAUGGACAAUCGUUUUUCUUUUCCACAGGCGGACCAGAUGGAGGAGCACGAUUUCAUCCGUCAUCGGCGGAUGAUGUGUUUGCAUCUUUUAUGAAAAAUUUUGGUGGUGCAUUUGGAGGGGAUUCGGACGAUUUCGGCAUGGGAGAAAUGUCCGGUGGUUUUGGAAGAUUAUUUAAUAUGGGAGGGAGUGCAGGAGUACAUGGAAAUCAUAUGGGGUUUGGUGGAAAAAAGGAUGAUCCGGAAAGAGAAAUCGUAACAAAGGCACUUCCAUUAACAUUGGAAGAAUUAUUCACCGGUACGACGAAACGUAUGAAAAUAAAACGGAAGGUCUACAAUCAUACUGGCUCAGUACGGCAAGAAGAACGUAUUUUAGAAGUUCAAAUAAAACGAGGAUGGAAGCCCGGUACUAAAAUCAAGUUCGCCAAAGAAGGUGAUGAAAAGCCCAAUGGUACUGUUCAGGAUGUCCAUUUCAUUGUCGAGGAAAAACCGCAUCCGGUAUUUAAAAGAUCGGGCGAUAAUUUGAUCACCGAGUUAAAUCUUACUCUGGUCGAGGCGCUUACCGGGUUUCUAAAAAUGAUUACUACCAUUGAUGGCAAGCAUUUAAAAGUCACAAGUGCCAAUCCAAUACAGCCUAAUCAUGAAGUAUGUUAUCCUGGUCAUGGCAUGCCUCUUUCAAAAGAUCCUUCCACACGCGGAAAUUUAAUUGUUGUUUUUAAAGUCGCCUUUCCAACCACACUUUCUCCUGAGAAAAAAACUGCGCUCAAACAAAUAUUCUCCUAA